AUGGUACUAGCACUAGAAAGAGAGGACAGGAGGGAGCGUAAAGGAAAGUUGAAUAGAUGUUGCUCAGCAUGUAGUAUUGGACAAAGGUGUAUCAAAUUAAACGGAGAACAAGAGCCCGAAUUAAAUGAUUUAUUUAAUCCACCUUAUAGAGUGGAGAGACAAGGUUCGGCCGGGGCUCCCAGUCCACCCCCAGGUGAACAAGAGGAAGAAAUUCCACAAGUUAUUUAUAAAGAAAGCCAAACACCCGGUGCCACACAAGGAAACACAAAAACUGCCAUUACGGCUCCAAAUAGUCCGGUGUCUUCACGCACCAGACAGAAGUCUAUUUUACAGGCACCCCUCCGAGAAGCUGUAAAUCCGGACGGAGGAACAAUGAAAAUAAAAGUUCCGUUCACGGGCGCUGAUCUGAGAGAAUGGAAAGAGGCUGCCCGAGAAUACCGUAAUGAUCCAAUAAAGACGGCACAGAAUUUUAAAUUUCUAAUAAAACAGCACAAUCCUGACUGGAGUGAUAUACAAUUAUUAUUAGAUUGUUUGACUGAAACUGAAAAACAAUUAGUCAUAAAAACAGCGGGGGAUCUCGCAAAGGAACAUUAUAAUAUAAAGGGAGAUAAUUAUAGAGAAUGGUUUCCUUUGUUGGACCCGGAAUGGGACCCAAACCGAGCCGCUGAAAUGGGAAGAUUACAAGCAUACCAGGAAUGGAUAUUCAGAGGAAUGGAGAAAGCAAUUCCUAGAACAAUAAAUUGGGCAGCGUUAUAUGAGGUCAGACAGGGUCCUUCUGAAACACCUUCAGAAUUCUUAGACAGAAUAAGAGAUGCAACGCGCCGGCACACGUCUCUGGACCCAAAUUCGGAGGUAGGCGCACAGCAACUAAUAUCCCUCUUUUUAGGACAAUCACAGGGGGAUAUUAGGCGCAAGUUGCAAAAAUUGAGACCUCCUGAAAAUAGAGACUUGGAAAAAUUAGUAGAGGAAGCAUGGAGAAUAUUUAGUAAUCGAGAAGAAGGUUACAAGCAGGACCAAAAGAAAAUAUUAGCAGUAUUAAUAAAAUUAAAAUUAGGAGAACAGGAGGAGGUGGCAUUUUUAAUAGACACAGGAGCCACCUAUUCGGUUUUGAACCAGGCUUUAAUGCCUUUGGGAAAUGAUUAUGUUUCAGUAAAAGGUGCAACUGGCCAAACUGAAAAGGCUUAUUUUUGUAAACCUUUAAAAUAUAAGUUGGGAAAACAGAUGGGGAUCCAUAAAUUCCUAUUUAUGCCAAAUUCCCCAAAGGCCCUUCUUGGUAGGGACUUAUUAGAACAAUUGGAGGCAACAAUCAAAUUUAAAAAAGGGGAAGUUACUCUGGAGGUAAAUAAUCAUCAAUACAUACAGGUUAUGAGCCUAUCUCUGGCCAAUACUCCUAUAAAAAGGGAAAUCGAUACCAGAAUUAUUGAUCAGGUAUAUCCCGGAGUAUGGGCAAUUGACAUACCGGGAUGUGCCAAGAAUGCAUCACCUGUAAUAGUAAAAUUGAAGGAUGGACAGAGUGCGGUAAGAAUUAAACAAUACCCACUGAAAAGGGAAGAUAGGGAAGGAAUUCGUCCAAACAUAGAGCGAUUCAUAGAACUAAAACUACUAAAAGAAUGUGAGUCAGAAUUUAACACACCUAUCCUCCCAGUUAAAAAACCUGAUGGGUCUUAUAGGAUAGUUCAAGAUUUAAGGGACAUUAACAAAAUAACAGAGGAUCUGUAUCCUGUAGUAGCUAACCCCUAUACCUUACUAACCACCCUGACACCUGACCUAGCUUGGUUCACAGUUUUAGACUUAAAAGAUGCCUUCUUUUGCCUCCCUCUCCAUGAAGCCAGCCAAAGAAUUUUUGCUUUUGAAUGGGAAAAUCCCAGAAGCGGUCGAAAGACCCAGCUCACAUGGACGGUGUUGCCACAGGGGUUUAAAAAUAGCCCCACAAUUUUUGGAAACCAAUUAGCAAAGGAUUUGGAGUUAUGGGAACCACCGUCAGAAGAAGGGAAAGUGUUACAAUAUGUAGAUGAUCUUCUUAUUGCAACCAGAACCGAAGAAUCUUGUAUUAUUUGGACUGUGAGUCUGCUGAACUUUCUGGGACUACAAGGAUAUCGAGUUUCUAAGAAGAAGGCACAGGUGGUGUUACAACAGGUCACAUACCUGGGGUACGAGAUCAGUGCCGGACAACGGGUCCUGGGGAAGGCCCGAAAAGAAGCCAUAUGCCAAGCCCCCCGACCACGAACUGUAAAGGAACUGCAGACAUUUCUGGGAAUGACAGGAUGGUGCCGGCUUUGGAUAUGUAAUUAUGGCUUGCUUGUUAAACCAUUAUAUUCCCUGAUAGCAGCUAAUCAGAAGGAUCUUCAGUGGGAUGCUGAAUCAGACAGAGCUUUCCAUGAACUGAAGAAAGCCUUGAUGUCGGCACCAGCACUAGGACUUCCUGAUGUGAGUAAGCCAUUUUUCCUAUUUUCCCAUGAGAAACAGGGAAUGGCAUUAGGAAUACUGGCACAAGAUUUGGGACCAUACAGACGGGCAGUGGCAUACUUCUCUAAACAGCUGGAUGCCACUGCAAAAGGGUGGCCUGGUUGCCUGAGAGCAGUAGCAGCCGUCAUCCUAAACAUCCAAGAGGCCCGGAAGUUUACCCUGGGCCAGAAAAUGACUGUCUUAGUAUCCCACACAGUGUCUGCAGUCCUUGAAACAAAAGGGGGGCAUUGGCUCUCCCCACAGAGAUUCCUAAAAUACCAGGCCAUAAUGGUGGAACAAGAUGAUGUUGAGAUCGUGACUACAAACAUCGUCAAUCCGGCCUCAUUUCUUAAUGGGAAUAUUGGAGAAUCAGUCGAUCAUGACUGUCUAGAAACAAUCGAAGCCACUUAUUCUAGUCGGACGGAUCUCAAGGAUGUUCCUAUUAAUGGAGCUGAACAUUGGUUCACGGAUGGGAGCAGCUAUAUGCUGAAUGGAAAGCGACAUUCCGGAUAUGCUGUUACAACCUCUGAAGAAGUGAUAGAAUCGGGGCCGCUACCGGCUGACACUUCGGCACAGAAGGCUGAAAUCAUAGCCCUUACUCGAGCUCUGGAGAGAGCUCGGGGAAAACCUAUAAAUAUUUGGACUGAUUCUAAAUAUGCCUUUGGAGUGGUACAUGCUCAUGGAGCAAUAUGGAAAGAAAGGGGACUGUUAAACUCCCAAGGAAAAAUCAUCAAACAUGCGGAAGAAAUUUUGAAACUCCUAAAUGCGGUCCAGCUUCCUGAAAGGGUGGCAAUUAUGCACAUUAAGGCACACCAGAAAAAGGUAAACCAGACUAUACUAAAGAAGAUCGCAAACUGA